GGAGCUGGGAAAGACACAGGGAGGGUUGUGCAGUUUAAAGGCCGAAGUGUCGAUUAUACGCAUAGACAUAACAAAAGCGAUCGAACAAACGGCGCGUUUGGUGGUCUGUGACGUUUUAAUGCGCAUCUAACAAAGGAGAAGGCGAUAUUUACAGCAGAUCGUUUUUCAACAGAACCGAUGUGUAGAAUCAAGCAUGCGGCAUUUUCACGCGCUGUUCGUAGGAUGUGAAAUCAACACAAACGCAAGACACGAUCGUCCUGAGAUACUUGAAAAUACCUGCGAUAUCUGCUCACACUUGUUCUGACUGUAUUACUGAAGAGGAUUGACAGUAAAUGCGUUAUUUCUUGUGUGUGCCAGAAGAGUGACUCAUACACGUCUUCCACUAGUUUACCAUUUCAUCGGCUGUUUGUCAUGUAGCUACUGCGGAUUUACUGACAAAGAAGGAAUCGUCUUGUUUGAGUCCAGUUCAUUCAGUAAUUUCAACACCACAGACAGUGCCAUGCACCCCCCAGUCACCCAGCUGAUGCCCACUCUCUGACCAGACGCCCUCUGGCUGCAGAGGAUGCUAGGAAUGUGUCGCGGGCGCAGGAAGUUCCUGGCUGCCUCCCUUGCCCUGGUCUUCAUCCCGGCACUCACCUGGCUCUAUUUGUCAUCCGCAAACUUCACAGUUAAACCGCUGCCUCUGUCACCGUUGCAACUGCAGUCAUCUUCGCUGAUCGGGGUGCCCGGUGAGCAUCAGGCGUUGGAGUUGCGACUGCGAGACGUAGAGGAGCGUCACCAUGCCAUGCAGAGAGAGCUUAGCCCACUGUCCAGGGUCCCAACCCAUAGCAGCCAUCAUGGCAUUGGUCGCCAAGGCAAACAGUUACACACCCAUUCCACAGAAGAGGGCACAGGUGAUAGUGAGGCUAAAAAAAGAGUUGCUGUGGGGAACAGCUCAGACUGUGUGCCUCAGCCUGUGGUGAACAAAUGUGAGACAAUUCAUAUUGCUAUUGUGUGUGCGGGCUACAAUGCAAGCAGAGAUGUGGUCACUUUGGUCAAGUCAGUCCUGUUUCACAGACGAAACCCACUUCACUUCCAUUUCAUCACGGACUCUAUUGCUCGGAAGAUCCUGUCCGAUCUCUUUCAUACCUGGAUGGUGCCGGCAGUUCACAUCAACUUCUACGACGCUGAUGAGCUAAAGUCUGAGGUGUCAUGGAUUCCUAACAAGCAUUACUCUGGCAUCUAUGGUCUGAUGAAGCUUGUGCUGACCAAAACACUGCCCUCUGACCUUCAGAAGGUCAUCGUCCUCGAUACUGACAUCACCUUCGCCACAGACAUUGCUGAGCUAUGGGUUGUCUUCCACAAGUUUAAAGGUCAGCAGGUUCUUGGUUUGGUGGAGAAUCAGAGCGAUUGGUAUCUGGGGAACCUGUGGAAGAACCAUCGGCCAUGGCCAGCACUGGGCCGCGGCUUUAACACUGGUGUGAUUCUGCUGUUGUUGGAUCGUUUGAGAAAGCUGAAGUGGGAGCAGAUGUGGAGACUGACAGCAGAGAGAGAACUCAUGAGUAUGCUGUCAACAUCACUCGCUGAUCAGGACAUCUUCAAUGCUGUGAUCAAACAGAACCCAUUCCUGGUGCACCAGCUGCCGUGUUUCUGGAACGUUCAGUUGUCAGAUCACACCCGCUCUGAGAAAUGCUACAAAGAUGUGUCCGAUCUCAAGGUGAUUCACUGGAACUCUCCUAAGAAGCUUCACGUGAAGAACAAGCAUGUGGAGUUCUUCAGGAACCUCUACCUGACCUUCCUGGAGUAUGAUGGGAAUCUGUUGAGGAGAGAACUUUUUGGCUGUCCCAGUGAAACAGACCACAACUCGGAGAAUCUCCAGAAGACCCUGUCUGAGUUAGAUGAAGAUGACCCAUGUUAUGAGUUUCGGCGGGAGCGUUUCACAGUGCACCGCACACACGUAUAUUUCCUGCACUAUGAGUAUGAACCAACCGCAGAUAACACUGACGUGACACUGGUGGCGCAGCUCUCCAUGGACAGGCUGCAGAUGUUAGAGGCUAUUUGUAAGCACUGGGAGGGGCCUAUCAGUCUGGUCCUCUAUCUGUCAGAUGCUGAAGCGCAGCAGUUCCUGCGUUAUGCUCAGGGCUCUGAGGUUCUGAUGAGCAGGAGUAAUGUGGGAUAUCACAUUGUCUAUAAAGAAGGGCAGUUCUACCCUGUUAACCUGCUGCGUAAUGUUGCAAUGGGACAGGUCAACACGCCCUUCAUGUUUCUGUCAGAUAUUGACUUCCUGCCCAUGUAUGGACUCUAUGAGUACCUCAGGAAAUCAGUUGUGCAGCUUGAUAUGGCAAACAGUAAAAAGGCUCUUGUGGUGCCGGCAUUUGAAACACUGCGCUAUCGGCUGUCCUUCCCCAAAUCUAAAGCAGAACUACUGUCACAACUCGACAUGGGUUCACUGUUCACAUUCAGAUACCACGUCUGGACAAAAGGUCACGCCCCAACAGACUUUGCUAAAUGGAGGACAGCGACAACACCGUAUCGAGUGCAGUGGGAGGCUGACUUUGAGCCGUAUGUGAUGGUGAGACGGAAGAGUCCAGAGUACGACCGCCGCUUUGUGGGGUUUGGAUGGAAUAAAGUCGCUCACAUCAUGGAGCUGGACGCACAGGAAUAUGAGUUUGUGGUUUUGCCCAAUGCCUAUAUGAUCCAUAUGCCUCAUGCGCCCAGCUUUGACAUCACCAAGUUUCGCUCAAACAAACAGUAUCGUGCUUGUCUGAAGACUCUGAAGGAAGAGUUUCAGCAGAACAUGUCUCGCCGCUACGGUUUCGCCGCACUCAAAUACAUGACAGUGGAUAACAACAGUUAGCUGAGCAAAUUCUACUACAAACCAAUAAAAUAAUUCCCAUGAGUCAAUCCAGGAGAUCUGGCUAGCCAUUACUGGGUGUUGGGUGGACGUGUUGGAAGUAAACUGGGCUUGUGCAGUUCGUGAUCAUCAUUCAUUCAGGGAUCUGACGAGACAUUUAUCACUGCUGUUCAGUGCAGAGAAAUAAACUACUGACAAGAGGACUUUGAUGAACUCAUAUAAGAGGAUGCACAGUUCUUCAAAUGGAAACCUCUAGAAUAAAUCAAGACUGUUAUGAUUAAUGCUCUGAAUGACAACACAGAUAGAUAGAUGCACUUCAGACUGAAGCUUUGAAUCUGUCUAUCUGUCUAUGUAUCUAUCUAUCUAUCUUCUGCCUCUCUCUCUUUCUCUCUCUCUCUAUGUUCAAAGUUUCAGCUUUGUAAACACACAGGCAGUGUUGAUGGGUUGUUGUAUUGUUGUACAGUAGGUAGCAAUGUGUUUCUUCAGCACACAUAUCAACAGUGUAAUAAACAGGGAUCUUCACUCACUUGUCUGGCAAUAAUAUCUAACCAGAGGCCAAAGUGAACACUUCAUAGACACAUUUAAGACACUUUUCUAAGUGUUUCUGACAGACUGUCAUUCUUCAUUCAUCAGAGGGUCGUACCACACUAACACUUUUAUGCACAUUUAUUUUCUUCAUUAUUUGUGAAAGAUAGCAUAGUAAUUUUUGUUGUUGAGGCACCAGAAUGUGUUUGGAGCAUGCAGUCACACUACACAGACAACAAAUGUGAGACUCUGACACAUUUACAAAACAUUAACCUGCUGAAGAAUGUUGAUGCGCUAACAACAUCUUGUUCAUGUUAUUUUGCCAUACAGGUAAAAUUACUACCUUGACAUCACACCUUAGUUGCCGAGACACCUAUUAGACUGAAGCAAAUACAGUGUCAAUCUUUUUCUGAGUAUUUAUUCUGUUCUGUAUACACUAAGUUCGAGUGACAACUCCAUUCUACUACCCAAUUCCUGAAAAAUUCAGAUGACAGUGUUAAUAUCAUGAACCAAAUGCAUUUAAAAAAAAAUUGAAGAUAUUUUAGGUUUAGAUUUAGUCCGUGGAAAAUACAAGAUGAAAAAUACACAUCAUGUCGAAUAAUGCUUAUAACGUUAGACUUAAAAAAGAGAAAAUGUAUUUUUGCAUUUUUUUUAAAAAUAAUAUGCUGCAAUCACAGACAUUCCUAUGCAUACGGGAUUAGAUUUCUUAGAGGUACCCUGAGUUAACCUCAUAACCGCAAAUAACAUACUGUCUUUUGGCUAUGUGAGAAAAACACAGAUAUGUUCAAUUCUGAUGAUUGAAAUCACAAAGUUCGUCUGUGAAACACGUUUUUCCUGACAUCCUCAGGGACAACUAGUCCUGUCCAAAUAGGACUUAUACUAAUGAAAAAUUACAUAAUUUUUUUUCUUUUUUUUUUUUUAACGAUCUUUAUAUUUAGUCAGUAUAUUUUUCAAAACCAUCCAUAUGCAUUUACAUGUGAUUGUCCAGAUGAAAGCUGCCCACAUACACACUAAAAAUGCAAUUGUCACUCCAAAAGCUUUGCAGAGUAUAUGCUCAUGUGUAAUAUAUCUCAAAAACAGUCACUGUUGAAUGUUAGAAUGAAAUUCAUCAGAUGUUUUUGAGUUUGUAAAUGUUUGUGAAUCUGAUCUUUUAGAGAUGUUUAUCAGCUGUUUGUAAACAAAUAUGAUUUUGAAAAUAGAAUGUGAUGUUUUCCGGAUGACACACUUUUAGCAACAUGUGUGUUUACUAUUUAAGUGCUUUUAAUAGGCUACAGUCUAUGCACUGUAUGUGUGUUAUAGUAUGCCUGAUCUCUUCAAAGUUUCUUCAUAUUAUUGAUUGGCCAUUCUCAAUUCAUGGCAAACAUAGUCAAAUACAAAACAUCACAGAAUUUCCUGGUUACUUUUAAUUACUUUUAAUUAUUAAUUAGAGAAAAAGUAAUAUCCUUUUUUUUUUUUUUUUUUUUUUUUUUUUAUACAAGUUACUGUAGAAACAUGUAAUAACCAUGACUGCUGUCACCAUUGUUUUCUUAACAUAAAUUAUGGUUUUGAUACAAUAAACCAUGGUUUUACAACAGUAAUACUGUAUUUUCCAUAUAGAAACCAUGAUUUCACUAUAUAUUGUAACUGUGACAGUAACCUUGUUGAUUUUGUGGUUGUGACACUUAUCAAAAAUCCAUUGGCAAGGCCACAUAAAUAAAGAGGGGAAAACCAAU